AGCACUCUUGUUUUUCUUGCAUAAUUAACAGUUGUGCGAAAAGUCCAAUCAGAGCCAGUUGAUUAAAAUUUGCUUAAUCAUGCAGUGUCCGUUCUUAAGCCGUUUCAAUGCGAAUUAUGUACGCAAUUAUGCAGAGGUUUUGUAUCAGUCCUACGGCGUUUUCUGCCCCGUAGUUAGCAAAACUAUUCCCACUGUCAAUGGAAAAAAACUUUCACUGGCAAAACCAACACCAUUCGGGGCAGCGACUGCAUCAAGGUCGUAUUCGACGUCGUCAAAUAAUAAUUAUUCGGUCGGUACGAAAUCGGCACAUGCGGAUGAUGUAAGCGACAAGCGGAAUAGCGCAACAGAUGCCAACUCAACGUUCCACUACGAAAAGUUCUUCAACGAGCAGAUAAUGAAAAAGAAACGAGACCACUCGUAUCGGGUUUUCAAGCGUGUCAAUCGCUUGGCUGGCGACGGCCUCUUUCCCCACGCCCUCGAAUAUUCCAAGCAAUCGGAGAGACCGAUCACCGUUUGGUGCUCCAACGACUACCUGGGCAUGUCUGCCCAUCCGAAUGUGAAGCACGCUGUGGCAAAGGCACUGGAGAUGCAUGGAUCAGGUGCAGGUGGAACUCGGAACAUUGCUGGAAAUUCUGUGCAUCAUGAGCAUCUGGAGAGGAAGCUGGCGGAAUUGCAUCAGAAGGAGGCAGCGCUCCUGUUCACCUCGUGCUUUGUGGCAAAUGACUCGACAUUAUUUACGCUGGCGAAACUGUUGCCCGAUUGCCACAUAUUCUCGGAUGCAGGCAAUCAUGCGUCAAUGAUUCAGGGCAUAAGGAAUAGUGGUGUGCCCAAGCACAUCUUUCGGCACAACGAUGUGGAACACUUGCGCCAACUGCUCCAACAGGUGGACAAGGCGACACCGAAAAUUGUUGCCUUCGAGACGGUGCAUUCCAUGACAGGAGCGAUUUGUCCGCUCGAGGAACUGCUCGAUGUGGCCCAUGAAUACGGUGCGCUGACAUUCAUCGAUGAGGUCCAUGCCGUUGGUCUCUAUGGGGAUCAUGGCGCUGGUGUGGGGGAACGUGAUGGUGUCCUAUCCAAAAUGGACAUGAUAUCGGGCACAUUGGGCAAGGCAUUUGGAAACAUUGGUGGCUACGUAGCUGGCUCGGCCGCUCUCAUCGACAUGGUGCGCUCCUAUGCGGCGGGAUUCAUCUUUACCACCUCGCUACCCCCAACUGUGCUCUGUGGCUCCCUCGAAGCAGUGAGUAUAUUAGCCUCGGAGGAGGGACGACAACUGCGAAGCCUUCAUCAAAGAAAUGUCUCCUAUUUGAAGAACUUGCUCAAGAGAGAAGGUUUUCCCGUCGAAGAUACACCGAGUCAUAUAAUACCAAUUAAAAUUGGUGACCCGCUAAUAUGCAGCGAAAUAUCGAACCGGCUCAUCGAGCAAUAUGGCCAUUAUUUGCAAUCCAUCAAUUACCCGACAGUUGCGCGUGGACAGGAGAAACUACGCUUGGCCCCGACUCCAUUCCAUACAUUCGAAAUGAUGAAUGCGCUGGUGACCGACUUGAAGAAGGUGUGGGAUGAGUUGAAGCUAUCGACAAACGUUCCGUUGACGCCCAGCGCUUGCAUGUUUUGCAACAGCGAGAGUUGUUUCCAUCAGGACAACUGUCCUGGCCUGGAGUGCGGCAUUCCCAAUUGUCCUCGCCUGGAAAUAUCGAUUGCUGCUUAAUCGAGCAGCGUUAUCUUCUUUAUGUAUUCUUGUACGGCUACUUUGCUGCUUUAACUUGACAAGUUGACAAAUUGUGACAAGUAAAUUACAAACAAAUAACGGUUUUGGUAAUAUAACAUUCAUAUUAAUGGUUGUUGAAAUAAUAAAUUUCAAAUUCAAAUCUCUAAA